CGACCCAUACCAAAAUAUUCAAUUUAAAAGUUUCUUUCUUACUAAGUUUGAUCAUCAGUCUUUUUUCUUAUGGACUACUUUUCUACCACAAACCCUAGCUCUUCUGGGUCUUCUUCUUCUUCUUCAUUUCCAAUCAGUGGCAAAGAAAAGAAAAAGCAAGGUAGCAAGAGAGGAACCAACAAUGGAGUGAAGCUUUCAACUGACCCGCAAAGUGUGGCUGCUAGAGAAAGGAGGCAUCGCAUCAGUGAUCGUUUCAAGAUCCUGCAAAGUUUGGUUCCAGGUGGGAGUAAGAUGGAUACAGUUUCAAUGCUAGAGGAAGCUAUUAACUACGUGAAGUUCUUGAAAACCCAGAUACUGCUUCAUAAUUUAAUGAAUUUUAUGGAAGAUGACCCUUACAAUAAUCUCUACCUUCCUCCUAAUUCUGCCAAUCCCCUUCCUCAACAGCCACCUUCAUAUUUGGACGCCAACUUUGUAGCUGGAAUGCAGCCUUCAGUUUCAUCAUUACAGUUGCCAGAUUCUUUUUUCCAAGGGGAAGAGACCAUGGGUCAUGAUCCAUUCCAUAAAAACUAGAUAUAUAUAUAUUAUAGCUACGUACUUCUGUUGCUCUUUGUCUGGACGGAUAGGGACCUGUGUGAUGUUAUAAGCCGUAUUCGUACGCAUUGGCAAGUCAUGGUUAGGACUUGUAAUGGGCUUUAAAAUAUAAAAAAUAUAUAUAUGUAUAAGAAAUGUAGUAUCACUAAAUUAAUCUUGUGUAAAGAAAGUUAACAAAUCAUUAAGGAAUGUACUCCCUAUCUAAUUAGUGAUUUGGUCGA